AUGACGCCCACCCCCAAACUCUUCAACUCGACAACCCCUUCGAAAGUACCCCCAUGCUCACACCGCAGCUGUGGCAGAGUCCCGGCAGUUGAGAACAAGGAGCACCGAUGCCUGACCUGCCACGUCUCGUAUUGCUCCCAUGGCUGUCGACGGUCCGACUCACGCCGCCAUGGCAAGAUCUGCAAGCAGCUUGCUGAAGGGGUAGAACGUCCCGAUGCCUGGGAGCCGUCCAUGCCGUGUAACGAGCCAAGACUGAGCAAGUGGAGCCCGCCGAAGGGUCUUGAAGCCCCGAUAUCUAUUCCAUUUACGCGGCUGUGGCUGGGAACUUGGCUCCACGGACGCCCAGAGCAGGACGUCUACCGCAUCCUCGUCGACACAUACCGACUGCGAAUGGACGAUGUUUUCGUCACGACCCAAAAAGCCGAAGAAGACAGCAUUUACAGUGGUAGAGUAACUGGCCUUUCUGGUUUCCAUCGCUUCAUGGGCAUCGCAGCCGCAAAGGAGGGUCUUCUGCCGCCGUGGUGGAACGAAGAUGCUGCUAGAGAGUGCGGCAGAAUCGGCCUGCCAGCGGUUGGGCUGCCGCACUACCUACUUUCGGCAAAAAUCAGCGAAAAGGUCGUCGCUGGACGAUAUGGCGACCCGACUUUUGCAACUCAGCUGCGCAUUUUUGGAGCGAGCGUCUACGGCUCAUACUUGAAGGGGCUUCCGGGGGACGUGGUGCUCAGAGAGAUGGCAUAUUCGGAGAGCGUUGCGAACCGGUUUAUGUUUCCUUAUUAUGGGGAGGUUUAG